AAACCGGCACAAAUCUUUCCAACCUUUUCACACUCCCCAAAUCCCCACCCAUUUUCAGAAACACGACGACGACAUACGCGUACACAUCGUCAAAAUUUGGGCACUCCCCUAGUCGAUCCCACUGAGUAUCGCCUCCUUGGUGGUUUUUUGCAGUAUCUGUCUCUCACCCGUUCGGAUCUUGCCUAUGCGUUCACAGGGACAAGGCAUAUGAGAUGAUGUUCAUAGUUUUCCUGCUGUUCUCACUGCACAAUGGCGAAGCAGCGUCUUCGUCGUCUUCUUCUUCCUCGGCUUCGAAUUAUCUGAUCGGCCUCGGAAGCCAUGACAUAACAGGGCCUGCUGCCGAUGUGAACAUGAUGGGAUACGCAAAUGCAGAGCAGAUUGCUUCUGGGAUUCACUUCCGGCUUCGAGCUCGCGCGUUUAUUGUGGCAGAACAACAACAGGGGAAUCGUGUGGUGUUUGUGAAUCUGGAUGCAUGCAUGGGCUCCCAAAUUGUGACAAUUAAAGUGCUUGAGAGAUUGAAAGCAAGGUAUGGGGAACUUUACACAGAGAAGAAUGUGGCAAUUAGCGGGAUUCACACUCAUGCAGGGCCUGGGGGCUACCUUCAGUAUGUUGUGUAUAUUGUGACUUCUCUUGGGUUUGUAAGACAGUCAUUUGAUGUUCUUGUUGAUGGCAUUGAGAAAACCAUUAUUCAAGCUCACGAAAAUCUCCGUCCCGGUUCAAUUUUUGUGAAUAAAGGAGAGCUCUUAGAUGCUGGUGUUAACCGCAGUCCAAGCGCAUAUCUCAACAAUCCUGCAGACGAGAGGAGAAAAUACAAGUAUGAUGUUGAUAAAGAUAUGACACUCAUAAAAUUUGAAGAUGACGAGUGGGGCGCUAUAGGUAGCUUUAACUGGUUUGCAACUCAUGGAACUUCCAUGAGUCGUACAAACUCAUUGAUAAGCGGAGAUAACAAAGGAGCUGCAGCACGAUUCAUGGAGGACUGGUUUGAACAGAAAGGUGUUAAAGGUUUCGAUGGCCUAUUUGCCAAUAGAUCAGAUACUGGCAGAAUCCCCAGAAGAGUCUCAACCCUAGUUCCUAACGAUGAUGCGAAAGGCAAUGAGUUGAUGACACUCGCCGCCUCCUUUCAACCUUAUAAAGGACAACCUGUGACAAGGCUUUCAAGUUCUGCAAGACGGGUUAGGAAUGCUUUGAGGAAGGCGGAAAGGCCUGAAUUUGUAUCUGCAUUCUGUCAAUCAAAUUGUGGCGAUGUAAGCCCAAAUGUUCUUGGUGCAUUCUGCACAGACACAGGACUUCCGUGUGAUUUCUAUCACAGUACCUGCAAUGGCAGAAAUGAAUUGUGCUAUGGCCGGGGACCAGGUUCCGAUGAAUUUGAGAGUACUCGCAUAAUUGGUGAAAGGCAAUUCAGAAAAGCUGUGGAACUGUUUGACAAAGCAACUGAGAAGCUCAAAGGGAAGGUUGGAUACCAACAUGCAUACAUAGAUUUUUCCAGCCUUGAGGUCUCAGUUCCGAAAGUUGGAGGGGCUGAGGUAGUGAAAACGUGCCCCGCUGCCAUGGGGUUUGCCUUUGCUGCAGGAACCACUGAUGGCCCUGGAGCUUUCGAUUUCAAGCAGGGCGAUGACCAGGGUAAUGCAUUCUGGAGAUUGGUAAGGAACGUGCUGAAGGCACCAGACCAGGAGCAAAUCAAUUGCCAGUGUCCGAAGCCUAUUCUGCUUGACACUGGGGAGAUGAAGGAACCAUAUGAUUGGGCGCCCUCAAUACUACCGGUUCAAAUUUUACGAAUUGGACAGCUGGUCAUUCUCUGUGUACCUGGAGAAUUUACAACCAUGGCUGGAAGGCGCCUCCGCGAUGCUGUCAAAGGGGUCCUUAUCUCUGGAGGUAGGAAAGAAUUUGACAACAAUGUCCAUAUAGUCAUUGCAGGGCUAACAAAUACAUAUUCACAGUAUGUUACCACCUUCGAGGAGUACAAAGUGCAGAGAUACGAGGGAGCCUCCACGCUUUACGGACCACACACACUUGAAGCGUACAUCCAAGAAUUCAAGAAACUAGCUGCAGCUCUCGUCAAUGGCCAAACUGUCGAACCAGGUCCACAGCCACCAGACCUCGUCGACAAGCAAAUCAGCUUACUAGCACCAGUUGUCCUGGACGCCACCCCUCUUGGUGUUAAUUUUGGGGAUGUUAAAACCGACGUACCUCUAGAUUCCACCUUCAAGAGAGGCAACACGGUUGCAGUCACCUUCUGGUCUGCUUGCCCAAGGAAUGACCUCCUGACAGAAGGCACAUUUGCAUUGGUUGAGAUUCUACAGAACGACAAAAAGACAUGGGUUCCGGCCUAUGAUGACGAUGAUUUUUGCUUGAAGUUUAAGUGGUCACGGCCUGCAAAACUUAGCCCUCAGAGCUAUGCAACUAUUGAAUGGAGGAUACCGGAAAAUGCAGCUUUCGGUGUCUACAGGAUUAGCCAUUUUGGUGCCUCAAAGAAUUUACUCGGGUCCAUUCGCCAUUUCACAGGUUCUUCAAGUGCUUUUGUAGUAGCAUAGGCAGUUGGACAUGCUGCACGAAUGCACACUACCAACAUUUUAAAUUAUGCACUGACGCUCCCCACAAGGCUUAUUUGUAUUGUUGCACUCCGUACAGUGUGUAGCAGUAGACCGAGGCAGGUGAAUAGUUCUUCUCUGCUAUAUCUAACGUCUUAAGUCAAAGGAGAAAUUACAGAUCAGUGAA